CUCCAUCAAAACACACCAGACUCCUGAGAAGAGGUUUCAACUGCUAAAAAAUGUCUGGCCGGUCCAAUUACGAGCUGAAUGUGCACAAGGUGCAGCUCCACUGUACGGCUAACAACAAAGAGCACCACACUGAUGACAUUGCUGUGAACCGGCUGAUAGUGCGGAGGGGGCAGCCCUUCCAGCUGACCUUCCAUGCAGAACAACCCUUCCGACCAAGGCAGGACUUCUUCCAACUUAUUGUGCAGACAGGUCCAAAUGCAUCUGAAGCGAAGGGCACACGGUCGACAUUUGGCCUUCAAGCCCGCUGUGGCUUAGGCAAGUCAUGGAGCAUGGAGCUGAGCAACAGCACAGACACAAGCUUUACAAUGACUAUCUACUCUCCACCUGAUGCCUGCAUUGGACUCUACAAGCUUUCUAUGUUGACUGGAACUACCAGCACUACAGAAACCUCAAUAGGAACACUGACUGUUCUGUUCAAUCCCUGGUGUAAAGAUGACUCGGUGUACCUGCCUAAGAAGGAAGAAAGACAAGAGUAUGUAAUGAAUGAACAGGGUCUGCUUUAUAGAGGAAACUGCGAUUUUAUUGAAGCUAUGACCUGGGACUUUGGACAGUUCGAAGAUGAUAUAAUUGACGUUUGCCUGAAGCUCCUGGAUGUGAACCAGCAUUGUUUAAGGAAUGCAAUAGAAGAUUUUUCUGCACGCUGCAGUCCCAUCUAUGUUGGGCGGGUGGUGAGUGCCAUGAUAAAUAAAGAUGAUGCUGACGACGGUGUGUUAUGGGGAAGAUGGGACGACUCAUACAGUGAUGGAGUCAACCCAGUGUUCUGGAGCAGCAGCGUGGACAUCUUAAGGCACUGGUUUAAAAAUGAAUGCCGUCCAGUGAAAUAUGGACAGUGCUGGGUGUUUGCUGCUGUUAUGUGUACAGUGCUGAGGUGUUUAGGCAUUCCAUGCCGUGUUGUCACCAACUUUGAGUCAGCUCAUGACACUAACAGCAACCUCCUUAUUGAUGAGUACAGAGAUGUCUAUGGACUACUGACCAAGGAGGAUGGGAAAGACAGCAUAUGGAACUUCCAUGUCUGGGUGGAGGCUUGGAUGAAGCGCCCUGAUAUCUCUGACAGUGGCUUCUAUGAUGGUUGGCAGGUGCUGGACCCAACUCCACAGGAGAUGAGUGAAGGUGUGUUCUGCUGCGGUCCAGCUCCAGUGAAGGCCAUCCUGGAGGGUCACACCAAUGUGAAGUACGACGUACCUUUCGUGUUUGCGGAGGUCAAUGCAGACAUUGUGAAAUGGAUGUUGAGGCCUGAUGGCUCCAAGACAAAGAUCAGUACAGAUACAUGGUCUGUUGGACAGUUCAUCAGCACCAAGGCUGUGGGAAGUGACAUGAGACUGGACAUCACUAAUCAAUACAAAUACCUAGAAGGCUCCAGGGCAGAGAGAGAUAGAUUCAAUCGUGCCGUGAGAAAUUUGUCCGUUUCUGAUGACAGUGAAGAUGUUCCAGCUUCUCAUGAUGUGCUAAUGACGAUUCAGGAGGUGGAAAAGCCAGUAAGUGGUUCAGACAUCAAGCUGAGCCUGACUGUGUGCAAUAAACGCUCCACACCACAGACUCUCAGUCUCCAGAUCAAUGCGCAGACCAUGAGGUAUACUGGCAUCCCCACAGGGCACAUCUACAAGGAACAGAAUGAGGUGCGACUCCAACCUAAUGGAGAGCUAUUCUUCCUCAUCAACAUCCCCUUUGAAAUUUAUGGACCAAAAAUGUUGUUCAACAACAGCAUUAAAGUCUCAGCAAUCGCCAAGAAUGAAUAUGACUCCAAAGUGAUCUACAUGGCUGAGAAAAAUAUCGUCCCACAGAGCCCAACUCUUACUCUGACGGUGGAUGAAACAGCUGUUCAGCUCACUGAGAUCAUGGCAAAGGUGGUGUUUGAGAAUCCUCUGCCUGAAACUUUAAAAAAUUGCUCCAUCACACUGAUGGGGAGCGGUUUGCUGCAGCAGCCAGAGAUAAUUCGAGCUGCUCUGAUUGGCCCAAGAGAAAGGAUGCAGAUCUCAGUGCGGUUCCGGCCCUACCGCACUGGCCUUAGGAAGCUUGUUGCUGAUUUCCAGUGCUCAGCCUUCACCAAAAUCAACACCAGCUGCAACGUUGAUGUCAUACCUUCCUUCAUCUGAUGACACGGCAUGAGGGAGGAUGAACAGAUGGUUUGACAGCCAAAACAAAAUUGUUAUCCUGUAAUCAUUUUGUUCUUUGUUCUUGUUCUUCAUUGUACUACACAGUAGAGUCACAUUUUUAUGGUCACUUCCUACUAUUGACAAUGCACAAGAUGAUGGUGCCAGCGUUCUGGUCUGGGGAAUGUUUUCGUGGCAUUUUUUUUGGGGUCUACUAAUCCAUGUGGAAGGCACUCUCAAUCGAUUUGGGUAUGAAUCCAUCCUUGCAGAUCUUGUACACCCAUACAUGCUGAUU